UCUCUCGACUGGGAAUUGGUGGUGGAGAACGCGGGAGAGCGGAGACGCCGUUCUUUUUUUAAACCAUGAGCGAUAGAGAGGAGCGAUUCCUUCGUUGUCGCGGCCGCAGCACGUUUUCAGUUGCUUUCCGACCGCACCACCCGCUUGGAUCCGAUCACAGCCGUUCACCGACGGAACACAAGAUAAUAAUUAAAAGGGACAGGAUUUCGCCGCACGAGAGGAGCGUGGAUUCCCUUAAGAAUAACAGAUUAAAGCGAUACUCCAGGAGUCGUAGUAGAUCCAGGAAAAUGUCGUACAGGGAGGACCGAGAAAGGGACCGCGAGAGGAGGAGAGAUGAUCGAGACAGGGACAGGGAAGGUCGCAGAUACUAUAGGUCGAGGAGUCGAUCGAGAUCGCCGAGAAGGUACAAGUCCUCCAGAUAUUCCCGCAGUCGUUCGAGAUCGUACGGGCGUAGGUCACAUUCACACAGUCCGAUGUCCAGCAGACGGAGGCACAACGGUACCAGAGAUAAUCCGAAUCCUUCCCGAUGCUUAGGAGUUUUCGGACUGAGCGAAUACAGCACCGAGGAGGAACUGUACCACAUCAUGACCAAAUACGGACCCGUUGAGAGAGUCCAAGUCGUUAUUGACGCAAAGACUGGCCGUUCGAGGGGAUUCUCGUUCGUGUAUUUCGAGAGCGUAGAGGACGCGAAGGUGGCGAAAGAACAAUGCACCGGGAUGAAAAUUAAUGGUAAAAGUAUAAGGGUGGACUAUUCGAUCACGCAGCGAGCACACACCCCGACACCCGGCAUUUACAUGGGAAAACCGACUUAUGCAGAGAAGUGGGACAGGCGAAGGGACAAAUCUAGGGAUGGUAAUUAUGAUGGUUAUCGCAGCAAAUACCACCGUCAGUCGCCUUCCCCGCAUUAUCGACGCAAGCGUUACGAGAGGUCUCGCUCCAGGUCAUACUCACCACGUUUCACGCAAGAAACGCUCUGUAGUUCUCAGUACGAAUACAAAAUGCAAAUGUGAGAGGAGAUGUUGAUGAUGAUGAUGAUGAAGAAAACGAGUGAAAAAAAAAACACACAUAAACACACACAAAAGGGUAAACUGCAAAAAAAGAAGUUCGUCGUCGUCGUCGUCCACCGUUUCUGUUCAUCUUCGUGCGAAAAGAAAAGAAAAAAAUAAUAAAUAAUCACGAAGCACGCGGCUUUUACAUCUACGUGUAUAUAUGGAUGGAGAAAAGGGCGGUAACAUCCAAGACCCCGCCCAUAAAUCAACCAAACAAUCAUCUCCUUGGUAACCGAAGCGAACUUGAUCAACCAAAAACAGAAACAAUAUGCAGUACUCUUUCUCUCAUCCUUAAGAACAAACAAACAAACAAACAAAAAAAGUAAUAAUCAAGAGACAAACCGCACGAUACGAUAG